AUGCCCAAUUCUUCUGGCCUCAUGAACUGUCGUGAUGCCAUUUCCAAAACAGAUGCCACUGUGGUGGCAUUACUAAAGGAAGCUGGUGCUUUUCACCCUGGCAUAACCAACUGUAGUGAAUUUUUCAUGUGGUAUGAAUCCAAUAACAAGAUCUAUGGCCGAUUCCACAACCCAUAUGAUUUAUGGCAUAUUGUAGGUGGAAGUUCUGGUGGUGAAGGCUGCUCAGUGGGAGCUGCCUGCUCAGUGAUUAGUGUGGGCUCUGAAAUUGGCAGCAGUAUUUGGAUGCCUGCUUUCUUCAAUGGCAUAUUUGGACACAAGCCUUCCCCAGACCUCCGAUGA